AUGAUUAAAUUCAUAUGUAAAUCUCCAUUGAUUUCAAGGUCGUUUCCUAGUGCUUCUAUACUGUUAGUACCAUCAUUUACUUUAACAGGGAAAGGAACAAUCACAACUAUAAAACGGUCAUUAUACUUCAUGUCUAAUCAAGUUGUACAAAAUAUAAUCCCUAAGAAUCAACAAGAUAAAAUAAUCAAUCAUAUCCACGAUCAAUUAUCAGCAUCGGUACCGACAAGAUUCUACCUUAAUUCCUCCGAUUGUAACUCAAUAAAGUUUUUAUAUAACCCAAAUGAUUUCUAUCAAACUUUAUUAAAAAAUAUUUUAUUAGCAAAACAGAGAAUCUUUUUAACAUCAUUAUACCUGGGUAAAGAUGAACACGAAUUUAUACAAACUUUAGACACUGCGUUGACAAAUAAUCCAAAUUUAAAAGUCCACUUUUUAUUAGAUGGAUUGAGAUCCACAAGAGAAUUCCCAGAAGAUUCUUCAACUACACUAGUAGCUAAAUUGAUAUCUGAGCAUGGGCCAAAGAGAGUUCAAUUUAGACUCUACAGGACUCCAGCUUUUCAUGGUUGGAAAUCCCAUUUGAUCCCUAAAAGAUUCAACGAAGGUUUAGGUUUACAACAUAUGAAAUUUUAUGGGUUUGAUGAUGAUAAAAUUAUUCUCUCUGGUGCAAAUCUUUCCAAUGAUUAUUUUACAAACAGACAAGACAGAUAUUGGCUGUUCCAAAAUAAUGAAUUAAACAAUUAUUAUUUUCAAAUACUUCAAUUGAUCGGUUCUCUAUCUUAUAAAGUAGAAAUUAACGCUGAUAGUGGAGAGAUUGCAGGUUUGCCAUAUCUGAUCUGGCCAAAGGAUAAUGCCACAAUAGAACCUUUAAAGAACAAAACUCAAUUUUUACGUGAUUCAUCUUUAAUAAUUACAAAAUUUUUACAUGAUAAGAAAACUAUUGAACCCAAAAACACAGUUAAGGAUUGGGAUACUGUAAUUUUUCCCAUAUCUCAAUUUACACCAUUAUUUAAACAUUCUUUAGUAGAUAAAUCUACUGAGCUACCAACAAUCUUAUUGUUGUUUGACAUAAUGAGAAAUAUUAAUUUCAAAAAUAACCCAAACAUUAAUUGGAGCUUUACUGCUGGAUAUUUCAAUCUCUUCCCAUCAAUUAGAAGGGCCAUGCUAGAAUCAAAUUGUACUAAUUCUAAUGUAAUAACUGCUUCAAGUAAAGCUAAUGGUUUCUAUGAAUCCAAAGGUGUCUCAAAACAUUUGCCAGGAGCAUAUUUACAUUUAGCAUAUAAAUUUUUAAAGCAAGUUAAUAAAUCAGAUAGUCAUGUAUUAGUUAAAGAAUGGGAGAAUGGUGUUCAUAAUAGACCUAAUGGAUGGUCAUAUCAUGCCAAGGGAAUAUGGUUCUACUUUGGAAAUACACAAAAUAAUACAUUUCAACCAUUCUUGACUAUUUUAGGUUCAUCUAAUUAUACAAGAAGAUCAUAUUCAUUAGAUUUGGAAUCAAAUAUUGUAAUUUUAACUAAGAAUGAGUCUUUACAAAACAAAUUACAUAAUGAAUUGAACCAUUUAUUGAAGAAUACUAAGGAUGUUACUUUGAAUGAUUUUAAGGAAGAUCCAGAAAAGCACGUUAAAUCAGGUGUUAAAAUUGCUACAAAGCUACUGGGCAGAAGGUUAUAA